UGCAAAAUGGCGGUUUGAUCGUCUGAUUGAUUCGGCGUUACACUUCAAAAUCUCGCCCAUGCCUGACAAUUUCCAACUUGAAAACGAUCGGAUUCUUACGGUAUUAUCGAACGCUAACGGUUCUCCUGGGAAAUGAGUACGGAGAAGGGCGAAACAAAGAGAAAGAAAGGUAUAACAUGGGCUGAAGCCGCCAAACAGGUGCUAGAGAGGUCUACUGCACCGCUCACGCAUAAAGAUAUCCUGAAGGUCAUUCAGGAAGAGGGUUUGCGCGAUUUGAGCCGUGGGACAGCACCCUUAGCAUGUCUUAAUGCGAUGCUUCACCAUCACUCUCGUGGGCCAAAUGAUCUGUUCAUUAAAGUGGAAGGACGAAUGAGCUGUUACCGACUUAAUCCAAACAGGGUUGAGACUUCAGGGGAAAAUUCUGCACUAGACUCUGAUUCUGACCUUAUGGAUAUGACUGAUGAUGCAGAAUUUAGCAUGUUCCUUGACAAGGACAGUGUGAAUGGACCUCAUCUCAAUAAUGGAAAAGUUAAGCUCCCUAUGGGAACAAAUGACAUUGUAAUGCCGCAGUUGAAACCACCCCCGCCCAAUCCGUCCCCAAGGGAUGCCAAACCAAAGGUGGCACUCACAAAAGAUGGACGACUACAAAAAAAACGGGGUCCAAAACCAGGACCACGCAGCCAGUCUUCAAACAAGAGACCAAGGUUGAGUAGUACAAGGCCUGUGCCAAAAAUGGUGUUGAAAAAUCUCAAAGUGGGUACAGUUGAAAGUGGAUCAGGAAGUAAUGGAAGGAAUGGGAAUGGAAAACAGGUGAAAGCUCCAUCCGUUCUUGUCCCGCCCUCAUCCAAACUCAUACCUCCAUCUAGUGCAUCAGUUACAGCCAAUGCUAUUGCAAGUCACAGCUUCCCCAGGGUUCCAAGCUCAGUUGAUGGUCUGGAAGCUCAAGAAAAAUUGGAGAAAUUUUCUGACCUUUGGACAGCAUCCAAGCCAAGAAGAUACAAGAAAAUGAGUGUUGCUGCACAGUUAAAGAGGACCAAGGAGGGACGCGUAGACAUACAGUCUCCAGACUCAAUUCUCACCAGUAUACCUCUUCGUUCUCUCAUCAACCAGCGAACAUUUAACAUGCUGCCGCAGUGGUAUCAGUACAAGUUAGUGACGUUACUACCCAAAGUUGACAGAGCAAUAGGCCAUGAUGGAGCUUUAAGACCAUCACACACUGCUUUCACAAAUGAGUUCUUUGCAAGUGCUUGUCAUUCAUGGAAAGACAGGCUUCAAGAUGGUGACUUUAUGACAGAUAUGCAACAGAGGAUCAAACAAGAGGAAGAGCGACUGGCCAAAUUGGAUCCUUGGAAGGCUAAGUUCUUCGAACCAGUCUGGGGAAAAAGGACCCUUCCAGACGACAGUUCUUUAUCCCAAGACCCCACGGAUUCCUACUUCACAGCGCCUCUCUCCCCGGCGCCAGCCUCGUCACCAAGAAGCACCAUGACCGGAAACCAUAAGGAUCCCACCCUAGGCAGGUCACAACUCAAAUCACCGAGGAUGUCAAGUGCUAUGAUACAACCGCUGACGGUACCUGUACAAAAACUUCCGACGCACUGUCUUCCGAAACGAGUCACCGAAUCUAGGAGAUCCGAAGCCGCCAAACAGCUUCGUUCAAACGCACGUACAUCUCGAUCGCGGUCCAUACCCAUUUACAAAAUGGUCACUGUGGCACAUGCCACAGAGGCUCUAAAAGCUGUGAGAACUUGCGCGCCACCGUCCAUGCUUACCGCUAGUACGGUGUACGCAAAAAAACGAACAAUUAAGACGCCAUGUAAUGAGGCGUCUACGUCAGCAGCUUCCAUUUCCACUCCUUCGAUUCUUUCACACGAUGCUGUAGAGCUCCGUGCUCCCGCCUCCCUCAUUAAGCCGAGACCUCCAUCCCGUGCUGCGAUGCGUCAACAGGUGGCAGCCAACCGGGAGGAGCUAACACGACGACGCUCUGCUUCGGGCACUGCCACCAAAAGUGGCUUUACGUCGUCCACGGUGUCCGCUAAGAACUUUAACAGAUCGAUGCUGCUCAAGAGUUGCUCUUGCAGGCUGAAGGCGAUGGAGGUUUGCAGAAAAUGCGGAGCAUUCUGUCACGAUGACUGUAUAAGCGCGGCACAGCUCUGUAACUCGUGCGUCAGUGUUAACUGACAGACGCCAAAUGUAUGAUGUUCAUAUUAUGCUGGUCUUAGACAUUCAGUUUCACUUGUCCUUAAUAGAGAUGAUCGUGCUUCCGUUGCCAUCAGAAAGUUAACACCUCAUGGUUGAAGUUUUUUUGUCUAUUUCUUUGUUUGCUUGAGCUUUUCCUUUUUGAGAUCUUUUCCAAGUAUUAGACAGGUUUUGCUCAAGUUAAUGUUUUUUGGUCGCCAAAACCGCGCGUAUUUUAGGACUAUAUACUUCGUUUCCGUAAACAACACCACUAGAAAACGUUUUUUUAGUUGCUUACUAGUCCAUCGUAAAUUUUGAUUGUUCAGCUUCUACUUUUCGCAUACUAAAUCCUUAGAAAAUUGCUGAAGAAAAGCGUUAAGUUAAACAAGAAAUAGGUGUUUCAACUUUCAAGAGUGACAUACGGUAGCGUGGUAUUAGCUGUAACAUUAGGGAAUUUAAGCAAACCACGAUGGCGACGGCAACGAGAAAGUGGAAAAACAGUAGAUCUAAUUGGCAGAACAA